AUGAAGAGUUCUCUCUCUCAGUCUCUCUCUCUCUCUCCUUUUCACUUUGGUUUCAGAGGAGAACAAGUAAAUUUUUCUUCAGUAAUGCGUCCGUGCACUCGACGCACAAAAAACAUAAAAUCUGCCGCUACCAUCUUUCUCAACCACCACCAAAGCAGUAGCAGUAACAGUAGUACUCUUUUUUGCAAUUAUCGUCAUUACUUCGCGAAGAGUCGCGUUUUUGGCGUCGCAUCUUCUUCUUCUUCUUCUUUUUCCGGAUUGGAUUCCCAAUUGAGACAAAUGCGUUUGUCUCUUUUGUAUCAAUCACAUCGAGCACAAAAAGGCAAACUCUCUCGCAGUAGUACGGGCAGAAAAAGUACACUCGCGGCAACGUGUGCCUCGUCUUCGUCGUCUGAAAACGAGAGAAGCAUUCAGGUGCAUCCACACGUGCUCUCGGCGUACGCGUUUGAUGUGAAUCCGAAUUUUGAGCUGACGGUUUCAACCGUCGCAGGCAGAGCAGAGACGAAGACGAAGACGAAUUUUCCAUCCGAGGAAGAAGUGAAGGAAAUCGCGGAGAUUUGGGACACGACGAGGACGAACAGAGAGAAGAUGACUCCAGCAGUAUCGCCGUUUAUGAGAACAUCGGCGGCGUCGAAUGAUGUUGGAGAUGCGGUAGAGUUGUUCGCGCGGACGAGAGGCGAAAUCGUGAGAUACGGCGACCGAGGAAGAAAGGGAGGAGGAAAACAACCACUAGGCGAAAGAAGGAUUGAUACGACCGGUUUAAUUUCAAGAGACGAUAAUAGCGCUGUAGGUGAAGAAGGAAACGACGAAGAUACAGAGUUGUGCGUGGAGUUGAUGCGAGAAGGUUUGUACAUGCAUUGCAACGCGCAUAAAGCCAUUCGCGAUUCGUACACCGUUUCGAGAGGGAAGGAUAAAUCGAGCAUCGUGUUGACGGCGAGGAGUGCGAAAGAAGAUGUAACGAAGGAACGAGGAGGAGGGAAAACAGACGAAGAAAAAGAUAAUUUGCUUUUAGACCAGUUUACGGUGACGAUAAACGCGCAUUCGUUUCCACCGAGACUCGAAGUUCGACUGGGAAAAGAACGCCGAAGCGGUUUAACGGUGCGUCAAAUUCUAGACGAUCCAGCGUUGCGAGAAUCCUUGAAAGACGGCGACGAGGUUGUCGCUUUGGGUGGACCGAAAGUAUCGGGUAAGAUUGAUUUGAGUAGUAAUAGUUUUGGCUUUGUUGGCGAACCACGAAAAGAAUUGAACGGCGAAUCUCUGUUGGAUUACCAUCGCUCGCGAUAUAAAGAUCGAAUUCCCAUGCUCGCCAACGCGAAAGACGACGACGAGGCGGUUGGUUUGAAACUACCGGGCCAGAAAUCCGCGUGGGCGUAUCCGGCAGAACUUUUAUCGUUGAAGAGUGAGAGUUUGGGUGCAUCUUCUCCUUCCUCGUUGUCGGUUGAAUUGCCCGAUCCGGAGACGUACCAGAAGAAAGUAUCGAAAAUUAGACAACUCCUCGGGGACGACGCGUUCGCGCCGUUGGCGAGAAUAAACCCGAAGAUGAUGCGUUUGAGUAAUGGCGAGACGGCGUCUGUCUACUCGUGCAGCGCAUCCAGAGAAGGUGGAUUAUCAACCGGACCGUCGAAAGCGUUUAGCGAUUUCGAGACGUCGUAUUAUGAUUUGGCGUUUGUUUCAUCCGACGGUAACGAAGAAGACGCUCGAGAGGCAAUUAAACAGUUGGCGAGCGAAAUCGAAUCGGUGUUGAAAACAAAAUGGACGCACUUUUCAGAAGAACAGGUGGCUUUUCUCGUGAACGACGUGAAAUCCAUGCGAGUGGUUUCAACUCCUCCUCCAAAAGAAGAAAAGAGAAAAAAAGGACGAAAACCAAUCGCGUACGUCCAAAGCAUCGUCGCGGCUGAUGGUGAUUUCAAAACAAAAAGAUAUAGCAGAUGGGCGGCGGAUAAAGAGCGAGAGCGUUUUGCUUUGUUUCUAAACGCAAACAGAGGAGGAACGAGCGUGACAAAUCAGCGAGCUUUGAUGGAUGAUGUGGACGAUUAUGGAUUAUCGGAGACGUAUUUUGUUGGAUGUUCGGUUGAUUACACCCACCAAUACGGCGAAGGACCGAGUUCUUCUUCUUCUUCUUCUUCUUCUUCUUCUCCUCCCGGAUACCCUCUCAUUGAUUCUACCGGUGCAGUUGUUGCGAGAAAUGUUCAUGUUCAAGAGGAUGAACGCAAUCACAAACAACCGAUAACCUCAGCCGUCGCGUUUGCGUUAGAGCACAUGAGAACGAAGAAAACCAGGAAAACAGACGAGAACAACCCCGAGGACUUUUACGAGACCGAUAAAACGAAAGAGCUCACCGUGCACGCGUUGUCAUCGUACACAAACUCGAAAGCGUCGCCAACAGACGUCGAGAGCGCCUUUGCGUUAGCAGAAACCGAUCAAAAAGUGAAACUGAAAAUCUUGGAAAUCAAAACGGGUUACAACAACUUGAAAGCGUUCAGUUGGGAUCCCGACUUGAAGAAAACCGCGCAAGCGCAAUACGGGUUCCACUGCGUCGACGCCGCGAGCGAGAAUGAGAGCGUGUGCAUCACCACGCACCCGAAAGAAGACGGAGGAGGCGUCGUCGCCCCGCUCUUUGUUUCAUCCUUGAAAACAUCUUCUUCGUCGGCGUCGAGUGGAAUACGAACGACCGAUUUGAAACACAUCGUAGCCUUGAGCACGUGCAACCAGUUCGGCAUCGGAGAAACGAGGUUACCGGUGACGUUGAGCGCAGACGUGAAUAGCGAUAUCAUCGUUUUAGUGUAG